AAAGGGAAAUGGGUGAUUUUAUAAGAUGCAAUCCUGUUUCCGCUAGAUAGAGGUCAAGUAAAUCUGCUUGUUUCCGUAUCAACAUACACACAUUUAAAUCUGUUUAUGUCAUUGAAUUGACACACGGUCUUAUAUUUGCUGUCAAAUUGCUGUGAUGGGUUAAAUACGAUUGAAGAACAGGAUACGUAUAAAGUGGCCUUGUCUGAACAGUCAUCGACCGCCGCCCCGGAUUCUCCAUCGAUGUGUUGAAUAAUCCCCCGAUGAAGAAAAAUCAUGUCGGACAUUUCUGGUUGGAGAAACUCGGCAUUGUGUGGGUUCUAUCAGAAAUGGAUGGCUGCUCUCGUUGUGUUCCUGAUUCCAUGCAUUCAUAUUGGUGUUGUGAACAAAAUGCUUUGGGUCCCCAAUAAGGCCCCCGUAAACAGGACAUCGUGUACAUGUUCUUGUUUUGAUACGGUAUAUAAAGGCUCAUAUGAAAGUCCAGGAAAAACUGGUUACAAACACAUUUACUUCAACGCCACAUUUGACACGCUAAUCAUAUGGAUAAUGACGUUUGGAACAAUCAUUGUAGCAUACGAGGCUUUCAAGCGUUUACUUAACCUGUACAGCGCGGGAAAUUUAAGAUGGAGGAUGUUGCUUCUAUUCAUUCUAGAUAUUUAUCCGAAUUAUUUUUCAUAUUGGGUUUAUUUCAACUACACGAACGAUGGAUUCUAUAAGCAAGUAUAUCACCAAUUAUUCUUCACGACAACGGAGCUAUUUUCGACAUGGAAUGUCUUCCGGUUAUGCGCAAAAGAUUCAAAGGUGGAACCAGUGGCAGCAAUGUCUAUAAUAGUCAUAGGAUUGAUUCACAUUAUUUUAGGAGGAAUUGAUCAGUUUUUUGCACAGUUAAUUCUCCUUCAAGAGCCAUUUUACAGAAGGAUUCGCAGUUUGAACAUCGUAUUACCAGAUAUUCUACAUGUGGUUUUAACUGUACAGGAAAUGGCAAUAGAAAAACAAACGUCGUUCAGACGAAUUUUUACGCGAAAAGAACUUUUGUGUGGGUUAUUUUUAUUGAUAAGUGGGCUUUUGAUUGGAAGGUUUGUUUUCCGUUAAAAUCAUUUCGUGAUAUAUUGGAUUAUUUUUU